CCAGGCGCCGGUUGCGAAGCUAAGCUGCCCUGGCGCCGCCAGGCUCCUACGACCGGUUGCCCGAGUGGAUCGGCUGCCCGAGCGGCGCCCAGUCGUCCAUGGCUCAGCUGGAGGAACGAUCACCCACCGCGGAGGAGGAGGCCCCGGCGCCACAAACACAGCUGACGACAGUGCCGGAGGAGGCCCGGCCGGUGUCGGUGGGCUCGUCGCAGGCCCCGACCGCAGACGACGGGUUCUUCGAGGAAACGCGCGCGCGCGGCCUCGCGGCGCUGCGCGAGGCGACGGCGUACCUGAGGACGACGCCGACGAAGGCGACGCCGCGGCAGGAGCCCGCGGCCGUGGUCGCCGCCGACGACGCGCUCCAGCAGCUGGCGUCGGCCGACGAGGCGGAGCGCGCCUACGCGGCUUUUUCGGCUUCGCUCGAGCUCCCGGGCGCGCGCGACGCCUUCGCGGAUUUGUUGAAUCGCGAGCAGGCGGAGGAGGUCCUCUGUUCGGCGCUCGCGAACCUGAGCGCGGCCGAGGCGACGUCGAAGCCCCUCGCCAAGGCCGCGCGGAAGUUAUUGAGACACCCAAAGGGAACCGUGCGCGCCGACGCGGCGCGGUACCUCGGGGGCUUCGUCGACGUCAUCGACGACAAGGCGCGCGAGGGCCUCACGCAGCUCGCGCGGCUCGACCCCGACGCCAACGUACGAAAAGAGUCCACCUGGGCCCUGCAGCGGCUGGGCCGGGAUGAGGUUGAGGAGGACGCGCCCGCCGCGGACGAGCCGCCCGAGGCGGCGCCGCGCGAGGCGCCCGCGGACUUGGAUGAUGCCGACGAGGUGUUGAGAAGGAGCGACGAGCCCAUCGCGCGGCUCAUGCGCGAGGCGAGCGAAUCCAAAAAAAAGAAGGGGAACCCCAAGCCGAAACCUUCGCCCGUGCGGCGACGGAAUAGAAGGAGCCGGCGGCGGGUCCUGGAGGUCUCGGAGGACGACUCCGCCAGGGGACGCGCGCGCCUGCCGACGCUGCCCCGCGGCGCCUCGGCAUAAACUAGGA